ACUAUGCUUGAACUGUACCUGCACUAUGUCACCGGAACCCCCAUUCAUGCUAUUUGCUGUUUCCGGGGGCUGCGUGCCAAUGCUCCACUACUAGAUUUACUUUUCCAAGCCGCCAUGGACAGACAUGUUUCGCUCAUCACUGCUGUCAAACUUUGGACGACACCUCGCAAGACCACGAGUACACACAAACCGGAGACUUGACUUCUUGCCCAGGAUGAAACACCAUCUUAUGAUUGGGACCUGGACUCCUCCGGGUGUUAUCAUUACGGUCGAAUUCGAUGAUGAGGCUCUGACCCUGAAGCUCGUCAAGAAGACCGACAUUCCAGAAGACGAGCCAAUUUCAUGGAUGACUUUUGACCAUCAACGCAAAAACAUUUAUGGUGCUUCAAUGAAGAAAUGGUCGAGCCACACUGUCAAGAGCCCGUCUGAGAUUGUCCACAGCUCGUCGCAUCCCAUGGGCGGUCACCCAAAAGCAGUAGAAGCAGAUACCCGGACUCGCGCCAUCUUCGUCCUCGCAGCCAAACAGCCACCAUAUUGCGUGUACGGCAACCCAUUCUACGAGCAUGCAGGCUUUGGCAACGUCUUCAGCACGAAUCCAGACGGCUCUAUCGCCAAAAACAUCCAGAACUACGAGUACUGCGAAAAGACCGCCAUCCACGGCAUGGUAUUCGAUCCCACCGAAACGUAUCUCUACUCUGCAGACAUGUGGGCAAACAGGAUAUGGUGCCACAAGAAGAAAGAGGACGGCACGGUGGACCUUGUGGGAUAUGUAGACGCGCCAGGCGACCACGAUCAUCCGCGAUGGGUUGAGAUGCAUCCCAAGGGCAAGUUCCUGUAUGCACUGAUGGAGAGCGGUAACCGGAUAUGCGAGUUCGUGAUCGACGAGAAGACCAAGUUGCCUGUUUACACGCACAAGGAAUACCCGCUCAUCCCGCCUGAUAUUCCCAACCCAAAGAUGUACCGCUCCGACGUAGUCUUCCUGACACAGUCCUCACAAUACCUCUUUGCGACCUCCCGAGCAAAUUCAUUCGAUCUCACGGGCUACAUCGCAGCGUUCAAGAUCAGCGACUCCGGCGCCAUCGAACGACAGAUCUGUCUCAACCCUACCCCAACGAGCGGUGGCCAUUCAAAUGCCGUCAGCCCUUGCCCAUGGACAGAUGAAUGGCUGGCCUUGACGGAUGACGAAAAAGGUGGCAUCGAGAUCUACAGAUGGCAUAAGGAAUACCUCGCACGAGUCGCGAGAUUAGAGAUCAAAGAGAAGGGAUUUGGUAUGAACGCGAUCUGGUACGACUAGAGGUAGAACAUUUCAUAGAUAUCAUAGUGUUUAUACACGUAUUGCUACAAAAUUGGUAGUAGUAGAAAUGUGUUCCAGG